AUGAUCUCUGCCUCCGCCACAGCCCGCCCCCUUCCCCACGCCGUCCUCGCAACCCACCACCACCAUCCCCGUCAGAACGUUAGUUUCUGCUUCCCCUCGACCUCCGCCCCCGCCAGGAAAAACCUGGCAUGUGCGGCUAGAGCGUCCAUCGGCCCUCACCCGCCCUCCUCGUCGGAGAUUCCCUCCUCAGAAACGGCCCCCCCGCUGCCUCGAGAUGACGAGGUGGAUUCAGCCUCCGACGAGGAAAAUGGAGACGCUGACAGCAGCGAUGGCUUCGGAGUCCAGGUUGCGAAGGUGGGGAGGAACCGGCGGCGUGUACAGGCGCGGAUCAGCGUGGACGCCACCUUGGAGACUGUGUGGACCGUUCUGACCGAUUACGAGGGCCUCACCGAGUUCAUUCCCAGCCUCGCUGUUUGCAAGCUGGUUGAAAAGGGGGAGGGCUUCUCCAGGCUCUACCAGGUAAGUAGAUAGAUAUAUGCAUAUCGAGAGAGAGAGAGAGAGAGAGAGAGAGAGAGAAGGCGGAGAGAGAGAGAGAGGAGGCGGAGAGAGAGAAUUGUCUCUCUUGGUUGACUUGGGUGAAGAGAAGAAAUAUUUUUUGAUGCUAGAUUCCUAGAAUUCAAGUCUGGGUCGGUUAAUAUCCAUCUAAUGUUCCAUGUAUUGAGACUACAUUCGCAUGCAGAUCGCUCGUAAUGUUCUUCUGCUCGGUAGAAUUUCACCCCAAAAAAAUUAGGAAGCGGACCUGUUUCGAUUCAGAUCUCUCCUACCUAGUAUUCUUCUCUGCGUUAGAAUUUCACCCGAAAAGCUAGAAGACGAACAUGCUUGGACUAAACGUCUCGUACUCUUGUGCUACUUGCUAGUUUCUGCCUGGAAUGCUUCUUUAAAAUAGUUGAUUUCCGAUUCCUCCUACGCUGGUUCUCUUUGCUGGCUACUGCCCGGGUGGGAGGGGAAAAAGAAAAGCUUUUGAAUGCAGAUUCCCUGCGCACUUGCUCUAUUUUUGUAUUCAUCUGUUUUUAAAAUGAGUUUGAAUUCAUCUAUUUUUGUAUCUAUUUCGGCUCUAUUCAGAUACAGAUUCCUUUCCUCUUAUUAUUUCUACUUGAUGGAUUCUAUCUUAGUCAAUAGCAGAAUAAGAAAGUCAGAUUUUUUCUUGUUUGCCGUUGUUAUGCCUACCCAUCUGCUCUACGUCAUAUUUCGGCGUGGUAUAAGUUCUUUUUUUUUUCAUUUUCUUUUUUUUUCUGUUCUUUAUGCCUCAAUUCUGCCAACUGGGUGUGAGAUAUAUAUAUAUAUCCAUUAUUGUCAAAAGAUAUAUAUAUAUAUAUAUAGAUAUAUAUAGAUCUGCUCCAUUUCAAAUAUUCUGCUGAUAUUAAUAUUUUUUUUGGCUCAUCUGGAUUUCAGCCCUGAUGGAUACAAUUUUCAUUUUGGGAUACAAUUUUCAUUCCUCUUAAAUCGUCAUUCUCUGCGAGCUUGAGAUUAAUCAUUUGUUUCUAUUCUCAGCAAAGCUUGAGAUAAUCCAUACAUUUUUAGAGCACUGGAGAUGACUCGGUCGGUCCGGGUCGAACAGGUUGUCCGGCAGGAUCUGGCGCCCGGGCUGACAUUUGAAGCCAAGACGACUUUAGACUUCUUGGAGAGAGAUCUCGAGAUUCUUCCUUCCGGGCGGAGGAGAGAGAUCGAGUUCAUGAUGAUCGAGGGGGACUUUCUGACAUUCGCCGGCAUCUGGUCCAUUCUUCAGGUCAGAGCUUUCUCCUCCAUUCCCCCGUUGACUUUUUCAACACCAGCUUCAAGACUUUCUCGUUAGAAAUUCGCAAUUUAUGUUCAAUGCUCCAGAAGUGGGAUCAUAUGCUGCUGCUUCCUGCAUUGCUCCGGGUUUUUUCGUUCAUAAUCCCUGAAGAGUUCAUCGCAUGGUCUCAUCAUUUUUUUCAUAAAAUUCGCAAAUUCUGGUCCGCAUGCCAACGUUGAGAUCGUAUGUCUUCGAGUAUUGAUCUGGGUUAUUUAGUUCUAAAUCCCUGAAGAAUUCGUCAGUCACUGUAAAACGCACGGUUCAUGCUAUUCGUCCCGAUGAUUCUGGGGAUCAUCUGUCCUGUCGGGGAGGGCCAGCUCUGGCAAACUAGAACAGUUUUGUUCGUAUGGGUCCUUUUUUUUUUUUUAAAUUAAUCCCUGAAGAACUAGCUCAUCAAUGACUUGGUCAAUGUUGGGAUCAUGUGUUCCAGUAGCCUAGGAUUAGGAAAUCGAGCGAUUCUCUUUGACUUCUUUCUGGUGGGGUUUUUUAGUUUUGAAUCCCUGAACAAUUCAUCAAUGAUCAAUAAUACCUCCAUUCGUGUAUUAGACGGGUAUUUUAUUAAAUUCACCAAGCUUACUAGAAGGAUGGAGAACCAAGUAUGA